ACUGUCAAAGUCAAACCAACAACAUUUUGCUUUGUUCAAACAUCAAAAUGUUUUUGUUUAUUUUAUACUAAAUCCGUAAAGUAAAUGUUUAGCUUUAUUUUUUGUUUAACUAGUUGAGUUUUUGUUCCUAAGUAAGAGUUUUGAAAUUUAAAUGGCUGCAAGCAUAAAUACCACCGUAAGAGCUGAACCUCCGCCCGGCCUUAAGGCUCUAAUCGACCAUUGUUUGGGUGUUUAUCCAGAUCAACCGAAUCCAUUGCAAGUGACCACUGUACUCAAGUAUUGGUUAGGAGGCCAAGACCCCUUGGACUACAUAAGUAUGUACCUGAACAUAGGUGAUCAGGAACGAGGUAUCCCCGCCCACUGGCACUACAUUAGUUUCGGUUUGAGUGACCUACAUGGCGAUGGUCGUGUACAUGUUGCGGAACCUGCAAUCGAAGGAGUUCGUACAUCUGGACUGGGGUUUGAACUCACCUUUCGUCUUCUGAAAACACCAAACACAUCUGGUGAUGAAAAACAAGACCGACCUCCAACUUGGCCAGCAAAUCUAUUGCAAGCAUUAGCUAGAUAUUGCUUCCAAACCGGAAACAGAUUUUAUGCUGGUGACAAUGUUCCAUGGCGAAAGGCUUUAGACGGGUCCAAUUCUAUAAUUCAAAACAUAUUACUGGCUCAAGAUUCCCAAUUUGGCCCUUUGGAAUCUCCAUUUGGGACGGUUGAGUUCUGUCAAGUGGUCGGUGUGACCGAAGAAGAGAUUGAACAGGCAUCGCGCUGGAAUGGUAAAGGUGUUUUGAACUUUUUGAUGCAGGAUACAAAAACAGGUGGUAACUUUCUUGUAACAGACAUGAGUCGUUCGCAAAGCGUAUUUGAUCUGUUUCCAGAGACUUUAUUAAGUCUGCUUGAUGAUAUAGAAAAACAGGGAUCGGACUUGGCUGGAGUCAACGCUGACUUCACAUUCCGCGAAAUUCCCAAGCAAAAUUUUAAAGAAGAAAUUGAUUCAGAGAGCUUAAACGAACAGUGUCUAUCACAGGAGAACAAUUCGCAACAAAAUGAUCCAAUCAGAGAGAGCAAUGAGUUCCUUCAAUCUAUGUCUGUUUGUAAUUCUUUACAAAAAUCAUGUCCUCUUAACUAUCAGCCCAAUGCUCCAAAUUGUAUUCCCUUAGAUGGAAUCGAAAUAACUUUAGCACCCUAUGCUGCUAAGUUCCUACUUCUCUCUAUAAAAGAUCGUAUUAGACAUGGCAGGCAUUUUACCUUCAAAUCACAGAAUCUCGCUUUGACUUUUGUUGCGGAGUCUGUAACGGGUUCUGCGGUUACAAAAGAUUUUCCCUUCGGAGUGCUUGGCUAUUGGAUACAAAUUAUGAUCACAGAUGAUUUGGUGCCGAGGAUGAUAGAAACAUUCCAGAAUUCCCUAAAUCCAAGCAUUGAAAUUAAAGAGAAACUCGAAUUUGAGUUUCCCGAUAAAAGUUUGAAGAUAAUUAUUGCGUCCCCUCAACAGCAACAACAACAACAUCAGUCAUCAGCAAAUGCGGAGAGCAAAUAAUUUAUUUUUAUUUAAUUUACGUUUUAUAUUUUCCAGUAAAGUUUAUUUGAUAUUUUA